AUGUUGGCGCUGACGGCGGCGGCGAGGGCGGCGGUGAUCGUGGGCGCUACCGUAGGACUUCUUAUACCUCAAAAGGACUCUUCCUGGCCCCUUGGGAGUGUCCUGGAGGAGAUAGUCGCAGGACCACUAUUGGGAUGGCCUCUAGUGGUGUAUAUGGACAGCCACUAUGGUCCUGCUACAUCGCUAUGGGCCCGAUCUGGUCUAAGUGAAGUUCCUCGUGUGUUGGUGGACCUGACGGCGGAAGGGGCGGAGUGGUGUGAGCGACAGACGGAGGCGGCGCUUCGGGCGGAGGAUACGGUCCACUUGGUGCUUCUGAACAGAGACUGGACGGGUUUCUUUAGGCAGGUUGCGGCGGCGGGAUGCGGGUGGCGGCCCUCGUACCUCCUGCUGGUGGACGCUACGAGUGGCGUCUCCCCUGCUAACCUGUUGAGGGAGGAGGCGUUCAGCAGGGUGGUGCAUCUGGCCCUGCUGCGUCCACUCCCCCAGAGCUCCGCACCGCCCGCCGUGUACUCCCUCUUCCCCUACGCAAGGUUCAUUUCUAAGGUUUUCCAUCUCUCUUAUAUUUUCCUUGGCCAGGUUCGCCGCACUGGGUCCUGGCGGGCUGGCACGCCUCUGCACGGCCUCUUCGCGGACCGGUUCCCGAACUUCGAGGGCUGCGAGUUCCACCUGGCCACGUGGCUGGACGACCACCCCUACCUCUACCCCGAGGACGACAUCAUAGGCAACGACCCCGACGGAUUGCAGGUGGAGGUCCUCAACGCGCUCGGUCACGUCCUCAACUUCACGUACACGAUGACCCAGCAGCCGCCGGAUGACAACUGGGGCACCAUUGAGAACGGUUCGUGGACGGGGAUGCUAGGGAUGGUGCACCGCGGCGAGAAGGACUUCACCGUCAACUUCUUCGGCUACACGCUCGAGAAGAUGCAGGACUUCGACGCGAGCUCCUCAUACUGGAUGGAAGGAUUCGGGCUGACUCUCCGCGCGCCGCCGCCGCUCCCUCGCUGGCGUGCCGCGUACUAUCCCUUCCGUAUCACCGUGUGGCUGUGUGGUGCCGGGGCCUUCAUGCUAGUGGUGGCUUUGUGGGGAGUGCAGGGCGGGUGUUCUGGGGGUAAAAGUGGGCCUGGCUGGCUGUACCUCCUUCGCCCACUUCUAAACUCCAGCCUGCCGCGUCUUCCUACCUCGCUCGGACUUCGCGUCUUCUUCGCCACCUGGAGCCUCUCGGCCUACAUCCUCACCACGGCCUACACUGCUAACCUCAUCGCCUUCCUUACCGUGCCCGCCUUCCCGCCGCGCCUUAAGACCAUUGAAGACCUGGCCCAGAGUUCGUUCAGAGUGACGAUGAGUGAUUACGGGGAGUUCGUGCCGGAAGCCCUCAGGUCCUCGCCCAACGAAAACUACCUCUCGCUGGGCCGCAAGCUCGACCUCUUCUAUGAGUACAACCGCGUGCUGCCCCACAUGAAGAGGGGGACACACGCCUUCCUGGAGAGUUACGCGUACAGCAGCAUUCUCCUCGUGCUCAGCGAUUAUGAUCUCCGCGAGACCUACAUGUUGAAGGAGCAGCUCUACCCCGCGCACCUGUGUUGGUAUUUCCGUAAAGACUCGCCAUGGAAGCAUAAGAUAGACGAGGGAUUGACGCGGCUGGUGGAGGCUGGGCUUGUCGAGGAGUGGCUGAAGAUUAAGACUAGUGAUCUCGUGGGCCGUGGGAGGGAGGCCGUGGAGGUGGGGAAGGGGAGGAAAGACAGCCCCCUCUCCCUCCAGCAUCUCCAGGCAGCCUUCCUCCUCCUCCUCCUCCUCUCCGCCAUCAGCGUCCUCGUCUUUGUCAUCGAGGUUCUUCUUCGAUGUUGCUAGAACCAAACCCUGCGCCUGCUGACUCUCUCUCUCCCUUGUCUUGAAGUAGCCUCCUCUUCCUUCUCCUCCUCCUCCUCUUCCUUCUCCUCCUCCUCUUCUUCUUCUUCCUCCUCCUCUUCUUCUUCCUUCUCGUACCUGUCGCCUCUUUUUCCUCUCUUUUUUCCUCCUUUCCCUUCCCUUUCUCAUUCCUUCUUCCUUAUCUCGCUUGUUCUCCUCCCUUCUCUUCUUUUUCCUCACCUCUUGAGGGAGAGAAAAUUUAAUAGACUGAAGCUGUAAUUUAAAUCUGGCGCGCCGGCACCGUAGAGUUUUUGCGUCGCGUGUACGCUCCACAAAUAAACUUGAAAACAUGA